UAAAACCGGGAACGUCACUUCCGUCUUCCUCUUCUACUACCGCCAUAGUGGGGAAAGGACGGUGGAAAAAAUGUCGUCCCACAAGACUUUCAGGAUCAAGCGCUUCCUCGCGAAGAAGCAGAAGCAGAAUCGGCCCAUUCCCCAGUGGAUCCGCAUGAAAACCGGCAACAAGAUCAGGUACAACUCCAAGAGGAGACACUGGAGGAGGACCAAGCUCGGCCUGUAAGCGUGAGGGUCUCUGGAUCCGACGUCCCUCCAUUCCAUCCUGCCUGGUUGUCCUGCUGCUGGACUGGACCUGGCCGAGGGAGCCAUGUUUUGUACAGAUACUUGUGCUCACGUUUGAAAAUAAACGAUCUGUGAUCAAA